GAUUGAUUCACAAUGGUUUGCAAUGGGGGACGUAAAAUCGCAGGCCAAGGAAAUAGGCGAAUCGGUGAGAGUUCCUGUGCCCAACACCAGAAUUCCUUUUGUGGGUCAUGUCGACAGCCUUGCUCUCAAACAGCUGAUAUGUGGGUCCAUAGCUGGUGGGGUGUCAGGCGUAGCUGCCGCACCCUUCGAAUUCCUCCGUUCAAAAGCUGUUGCAGGAAAAGGAGGAAGUUCGGUGAAGGAGGUUUUAUCAGACACCAUUCGGAAGGAAGGACUGGGUUUUAUCAAAAAGGGGAGCUUCAUAUCUUCGAUCAUGAGAACUUCCUUGCAGAGAGGGAUUCUUUUUGCAACAUACGAAGCCGUUAAAAGGUGGGAGGAGAGAAAAGUCGGAAAAGAUAUGAAAUGGUUGCCUGCCCUGCCAAGGGACGUUUCAGUGGCCACAGUUGCAGGGGCUGCCGCCGCUUUUACCUCCACUCUGCUCACAUAUCCGCUGAACACGGUUGGAGAUAGAAUGUUUCUCAAGGGAGAGGAGUACAAAUCAAUGAGUUCUGCAGUGGUCAAGAUUAUAAGGAAGGAAGGAGUGACAGAACUAUAUAGAGGGCUUGUUCCAAAGCUGGUAAGCAUGGUACCCGAAGGAGCAGCAGGAUUCUAUACCUACGAAACUCUCCGCAAAUGGUACACUGAAAACUGGGGUGAAGAAAUUGGGGUGCUUCCUUCCUUGUUGUUUGGAGCAGCAGCAGGGGCCGUCUCUACCACUCUCACUUACCCUCUGGACAACAUUAGGACCAUGAUGAGUAUGAGGGAGUUGCCCACAGGAGGCAAGGCUUUGGCACAGCAUGGAAGUAUGUUGAAAACUUUGAAAGAAAUUGUUCGGAAGGAGGGUGUGGGAUUGAGAGGUUUGUACAGAGGAGUUGGCCUUCGCUAUGCUGAAAUAAUUCCUGUCACUGCUCUCUCUUUCAUGACUUAUGAGAUUGCUAAGAGGAUUCUCAUUGCACGUCACAAGGAAGAGCCACAUGAAUAUAAAGGAUGAAUGAAUGUGUAUUUCAUGUAAUCUUGUGCUGUAAGUUUACUUGAAGUUCAUAAGAGAUUUGCUGUUUUCAGUUUUGUUAGUGCUUGAACUGUAAUUACAACCCAAGUGGUCACUCUUCUUAGUAGUUUUGGGUUUACUUUAAUUGAAAUGUUCCUAUUGUAAGAAUCAAUGUAAAAAACGAUGUUUCUUGUAAAUUGCUAAAAUAUCAAGAACCUACUUUCACAUA